AUGGCACUUGUAAGAACAACUCAAGGAGAGGCCUCCUCUUCCAAUAGUUCGCGUUGUUCUUCUCAUCGAUGCAGUAGUUAUCACAUGUUCAUGAGUUUCAGAGGUGAAGACACUCGCAAGACUUUUACUGACCACCUCUACACGGCCCUGGUAAAUGCAAGGUUUUGUACGUUCUGGGACAACAAUGAACUCGAAAGAGGAGAAGAUAUCAAGCCGGAGCUGCAAAAAGCAAUCCAACAAUCACAAAGUUCUGUCAUUGUGUUUUCGAAAGAUUACGCUUUGUCUAGAUGGUGCCUUGAUGAGCUUGUGAUGAUCCUUGGCUGCAAGAGGACUUAUCAUGAUCAUGUCGUUUUACUGGUCUUCUACGAUGUGGAUCCAUACAAGUGUCAAAAUCCCAUUUGCUUUGAGAAGGAACUCUUCCUUAAGAGCCAAGCUUUGUACGAGUCAAAGUUUAUCAAGAAAAUUGUGAAAGUAGUUGGGGAGAAACUAAGUUGCACACCUUUAAGUGUUGCUCCCUUUAUGUUUGGAAUGCAGUAUGAAGUCUAA